AUGGACGGGAGAGAAGGCGAUUGGUUGGUGAAAGCGAGAGAUCGAAAGGGAGGAGAGAGGAAACGGAGACAGGACGAUAGGAGGCGAGAGAAAGUGAAACGUGCGGAGAGAACGAAAGAUGAUAAGAGAAAGGAGGGUGCAAAGAGGAGACGCGGGAUGGACGACGAGAUACGAGUAAUUGAGAGGCCGACAAGGAGGAAGAGGAGGUGGAAGGAGAAGGUAUACAGGAGUACAGAAGGAGCAGGAGAGGUGACAGGCAGUACAGAUGACAGGACACGUGAAAGUGAGAGCGGAAGAAAAGGCAGAGGUGAAGACGGAAGCAGAGGGAAAAGAGAAGGAAAGGUGAGGGAGGAGACGAUAGUAGGGAGAGAGGAGGAGAGGAAACGAACGAGGGAGAGGCGAGAGAGGCGGGAGUGGAGAGAGCUGGGAGAACGAGAGGAGAGAAGGGGGAGAAGCAGCAAAGAGGAGACGUGGGCUGGACGACGAGAUUCGAGAAAUCGAGAAGUCGACCAGGAGGAAGAGAAGGUGGAAGGAGAAGGUGUACAGGAGUGCAGAAGGAAUAGGAGAGGUGACAGGCAGUACAGGAGACAGG